AUGAAGGGAACACUGAUAAUGCUACUUCAACAAACUAUUUUAAAUGGAAGAAACAUCUCGACAAGCCAUUCACAUCUUGUCUUUUGGAGCUGCAAGAGAAAGGACAUAUGGCUAAUGGAAAUUGCAAGAAUGGAGCUUAUGGAAUGCUUGAGAAAAUGA